AGAAAUAAUUAUAGAGCCAGAUGUGUACAUUUCUGAAGUGUGCAAGGCUUGCCCCAAUUUACAAUGGCUAAGUUUUGAAAAUAGUGGAUCACGUAUACUUAACAAUAAAAAUCUAGAAGUGCUUCUAGUCGAGUACCCCAAUUUAAAAAGACUCACAAUAAGAGAUUCUAGGCGAAUAAGUCCGAAAGCAUUUUUAAAAAUUACAGGACUGGCUUCUAGUUUAGGAAUGAUAGAAAUAGGGGGUGUUUACAGAUUAGAAAGAAUAUAA